AUGUCUGACGCGCUUGUGCUUGAUAACGAGAGUAAGGCAGAGCACGGCCCAAGAAGCCUCCAAAAGCGUGUCCAACACUGUGUGUCUCUCUGUCCUCUCUCUCUGUCUCUCUCUGUCUCUCUCUCUCUCUCUCUCUCUCUCUCUCUCUCUCUCUCUCUCUCUCUCUGUCUCUCUCUCUGUCUCUCUCUCUGUCUCUCUCUGUCUCUGUCUCUCUCUGUCUCUCUCUCUCUCUCUCUCUGUCUCUCUCUGUCUCUCUCUCUCUCUCUCUCUCUGUCUCUCUCUGUCUCUCUCUCUCUCUCUCUCUCUCUCUGUCUCUCUCUCUCUCUCUCUCUCUCUCUCUCUCUCUCUCUCUCUCUCUCUCUCUCUCUCUCUCUCUCUCUCUCUCUCUCUCUCUCUGUCUCUCUGUCUCUCUCUCUCUCUCUCUGUCUCUCUCUCUCUCUCUCAUCUUCGUCUUUUGAAUUUUAUUUUUGCAAG